AUGUGGAUUCAUGGGCACGCAGGCGAUGCGAAGUCUUUAGCUGCGGUCUGCACUGCAUGGCGCAAUGUGGUGCAGCUGUACCGUUCUCGGUGGCCACAGGACUUCCGCCGGCUCCUGCAGCUGGACGUCGGACACGGCUGGCCAGUCGCUUCAGUGCGGGAAGCUUUGCAGGUUCUGGCUCGAGCAUCCUGGCAGAACAUGCUACACCUCACAGACUUUCCGGCUUUCCGCGACAAUGCUUGGCCGGCCCACGUGACCUCCGUGGCUUUGAAGAUGCCGGUGAAGACCCAGCUGGACAACUAUUUGGACUUCUCCGUGCUGCGCAUGCUGCGGGUGCCCUUUGCCGCCUUCGCCUGGAAGCUGUUGCAUGAUGUGCCGCUCCCGUGGGUCAAGAUGAUGGCUAGCAGGCCAGCUGUUCGUGAGGGGAUGACUUCCUCGCGUGCUGCUUCUGCCGACUCUGAGUCGAAGACGCUCACCGCUGAUCUCCUUUGCGAGAACAAUCUGCGAGGAUCACAGCACCUAUCUUCCCGGGUCGGCCUCGCUGUCACCCCAGGUGGAUUCGUGACUGCCUCCGGUUGUACAGUGAGGAGCCGUGUCGGCGCAGCGAUGAGGGACCUGGCGAAAGCUGUCCCGGGUUUGUGCCUGGUCGGCUGGAGUCAGGGAUGGUCCUCCAGCUUCCGCGAUGGCAGCCAGCUGUGCUUCUUCUGCGAGCGCAUGGAGUCGGGGGAGGAGCGAUGUCCUCAGUGCAAAGAUGCCAGAAGCUGGUCGACCUUGUCUGCCACCUUGAACAUGAGUUUCUCUGCAGAGGUCCAUGGGGAGGCUGUGCAGGUGGAAUUUGCCAUUGAAGCACGGGCCCUUCCGUUCGUCAGCAUCAGCUCGGAUGAUCCGUUCCUGGCAGAGCUCGCCAAGAUCAUUCCCCAGACCGACACGCUAGAGGAGGCUUUUGCGACGGAUGGAGCAGAAACCCUAUCAGAGCUCGAAGAAGAGGAUGAGGAGGCAGUUGAGAUGGACAUUUUUGGAAACGGCAAUUGA